AGCUCAAGGACUAAAAGAACAUCAACGCCAUCUCACUCAAUUCACUUCGAAUCCCGAUUCUGACAAGGAUGGUGGGCACUUCAUGGAUUUAGACGUAUCAGUCUAUCAUGUCUCAACACUCCCAAUAUGGCGUUCCUGGUGUCCCUGCGCAGUCCUCUUUGUCGUUCACUCAAGGGUUCCUCCUGGGACAGCUCUCAGUGGUAUUAUUAAUCGGAGCGUUCAUCAAAUUCUUCAUCUUCGGCGAAGCGCCAGCACCCCCCUCGCGCGGACUAGCCAGUCGCACUGCAUCACAUCAUCGAUCCUACUCUAUAAAUCAGGGGGAUAACAAUGCCAACAAUAAUACGAACAACGGUAGUAGUCCGCGAACACUACGCGAGAAGCCGUCUACUUCGAACGUCCUACGACCCGUCCCCUCAUCCGCAACUAAUACACGCUCAAUCUUGAGAAAGACAUACUAUAAUGCGAUUCCCACACAGCUCUCGCAUACGAAACAAGGUCGACAUCGAAUACAACAUUCUACCCAUCAACCCGAGUCUUUGGAUUGGUUCAAUGUCCUGAUUGCGCAGACUAUUGCGCAGUAUCGUCAGACAGCAUAUCUACUGAAAGAUUCACCUACGAGCUCAAUCCUUGAUUCCUUGUCCGCUGCGAUCAACGACCCUCAAAAGAAACCAUCUUUCAUCGACACAAUCAAAGUUACCGAUAUAUCGCUAGGCGAAGAGUUCCCGAUAUUCAGUAACUGCCGAGUCAUUGCAGUGGACGACUCGAACUCAGACGGAGGCAGACUACAAGCGUUGAUGGACGUUGAUCUGAGCGACGACAAUCUAUCGCUCGCAAUUGAGACAUCACUAAUCCUAAACUAUCCCAAACCUCGCUCUGCGGUUUUACCGGUUGCAUUGUCCGUUUCUGUGGUUCGGUUUUCGGGUACAUUGUGCAUUUCUCUAAUCCCCGCUAGUACGCCGCAGAGUCCUUCUUCUGCACCAACACCUGACGCCGGCAAUCUAAACAUGCGAUCAUUAUUCCAACACAUUUCAGCUGAAUUAAACGGAACAGCACCAAACCCCACCGCGACCAACCCAUCCGGGAAAAAGGGCGUACCCAAAACCAACCUCGCAUUCUCGUUUCUUCCAGAUUACAGACUAGAUUUAUCGGUCAGAUCACUGAUCGGGUCUAGGAGUCGAUUACAGGAUGUCCCCAAAGUGGCGCAAUUAGUCGAAGCGCGUAUCCAGUCUUGGUUCGAGGAAAGAGUUGUCGAGCCUCGGGUUCAAGUUGUCGGAUUACCCGAUUUCUGGCCCAGGAUGGGUAGAACGGGUGUCAGACCUGGUGAUGAUGUUGAAGCUGCUGCCGCGGCAGCUGCCGCUUCUGUAUCGUCUCGUAGCGGCGGUGGUCCAGUCGAAGCGACGACGCUGUCUGGGUCGGCUGAAGAGGCUAUUAUUGAUGAUAGUCCUGUACGGCCUGGAUUGAGGUUUCGGGGAUCAGCUACUGCGACUGCGGGCAGAUCUGAUUCUAGUUUUGAAGAAAUUCCGCGUGCGAGUCCUCAGACUCCGUUGGAUAUACCGGGUUCGAUGCCUAGGGUUGUUCGGACGCCGUGAUGUAUACUAGAUGAUUUAAAAGACACCACUGCUAUACAAUUAUAAUUAUUCC